AAGUGUUUAGCUUGUUAGAUCUUUUGCUAAGCGGUAAAUAAACCACGUUUAACAUUUGUUAGCAGAGAGCAGAGGGAUAAAAGCUGUAGACCUGGAUGAGGGAGUUCUGGGUCAAGUUCUCCGUGGGGAAGAUCAGGGCUUCAGUCUGCUGUUGGCAGCCAUAAAUCGAAGAUCUACACAGACGUGUCUUCGUGACAUUUUAGAGACGGGUUCCAAGAUCUUAUGGGUAGUCAGCUAAUGUGAUGCCACAAAGUACCACACUGAAAAAAUCAAUGUAAAAUAAUUAUUUUGAAAUUAAAAGUUUGUUUCUGAAAAGAAAAGUUUAAUCUUUUUCACCUCCAAACCACCACUGAUCUCAUGUCAACCGAGUUGCCGCCCCCUCUACCCAAAAUAAAUGUCUCCCCUGUUGUGACACAGGCCCAGUUGUUGUUGCCUUCCUCCCAUCUACCCCAUCAUCUUCCUCCGAUUGACUCCCCAACAGGUGCCAGCAACAAGAGCACACCACCCAAUCAGGCAGUGAUUUUUCCCCCCAAAGAGGUAAGGGGGCGGGCAGAGGGCGUGCUGGAUGGACAGAGGGCGCUGCUGGAGAAGCAAGCGGCAAACACUUCACUUUGGGAAGCAUUCGACCGUCUGGAUUAAACUCAAAGACAGGAAGUGGUGGACUGAGGCUUUUGGGGUGAAGAGAAGAAGAUGUCAUGAUUGACAUGGUGGGCCAAACGAAGAUGAAGUCCAGUCUGAGGACGAGUAUCAUCGUCUUUGUGUGCAGCUCCUUUUGUCUGGCUUUGACUGGAGCCUCUGAGACAGAAAAAAAACUCCAUCAGAAAUUAUUCCAGAACUACAACUUGAAAGUCCGUCCAGCUCGCUACUGGGAGGAGAAGGUGAUGGUGCGGGUGGGGAUGACCCUUUCCCAACUUGUCAGCUUGAACGAAAAGAAUGGUGAGAUGACAACAAACGUCUACAUGAACAUGGAAUGGUCAGACUACAGGUUGUCAUGGAAACCAGAGGAAUAUGACAACAUUAAGGUUUUGAGAGUUCCAGCCAAAAAGGUUUGGCGUCCCGACAUCUACCUCAUCAACAAUAAUGACGGCCAGUUUGACGUGGCUUUGUAUGUCAACGUCCUGGUGUACAGCAAUGGGAAAAUCAACUGGUUACCGCCAGCCAUCUACCGCAGUUCCUGCUCUAUUGAUGUGGCUUACUUUCCAUUUGACUGGCAGAACUGCAGCAUGGUUUUCCGGUCAUACACCUACGAUGCUUCGGAGGUCGACCUACAGUAUUUUCUCGAUGAUGACAAAAAAGAAAUACAUGAUAUCGUCAUAGAUGAAAAUGCUUUCACUGAGAAUGGAGAAUGGGCCAUCUGUCACAAACCCACAAGAAAGAAUGUCAAGGAUGACCUGUAUGAGGACAUCACCUUCUAUCUCAUCAUCGAGAGGAAACCUCUGUUCUACAUCAUCAACAUCAUCGUGCCCUGCAUCCUCACCAGCGUGCUGGCUAUAUUUGUCUUCUAUCUGCCUCCUGGAGCAGGAGAGAAGAUGACCCUUUCCAUUUCCGUCCUCAUCGCUCUCACUGUCUUCAUGUUGCUGCUGGCCGACAAGGUGCCAGAGACGUCCCUCAGCACCCCCAUCAUCGUCAACUACGUCAUGUUCACUAUGAUCCUCGUCACCUUCUCUGUCAUCCUGAGCGUGGUCGUCCUCAACCUCCACCACCGGACGUCCAGCACGCACAUCAUGCCUAACUGGGUCAGAAAGGUGUUUAUACACAUCUUGCCGAAAUACAUUGGUAUGAUGAGACCGAAAAUAGAGGAUCCCCUGCUGGAGGAGGAGUCUUCUGAGGACAGCUCCACAACCCGAGGUUUUGUAGGGAGACAUCCGGGAGGAGAGUACUUCUUUCGCAAGAUCAACCCAGAUCUUGUGUUGCCCUGGAGAGGCAGCUGGCAGUUUAUCGCCCUGGUGGUGGACCGGCUCUUCUUGUGGCUGUUUGUCAUCAUUACCACCCUGGGAACCCUGGCCAUGUUCCUGGACGCCAGCUUCAAUUACACACCGGAUAACCCAUUCCCGUAGAGGACUACACACACACACGUGGAGCGUCACACACUGUUGUCACUCCACUGUGACUGCAGCACCUGACGUUGCUGAUUGAUUAAAGAUUCCUCGCAGCUUUGAUAAAUCCCGGGUUUGUUCCGUGUCAUCACGCCCUUCCAGCCUGGAAGCUUUAAAAGAAAACACAUUUUUUUAUUGUUAGACGCCACUUUUAUGGCUUAUUUUGACAUCACGAGACUGCAGUAAGAACUGUGGACACUAGAGGGCAGUGAAAAACUAAAGAAAAGCAUCUGUUCUGUGCAAAAAAUGGCUUUAAAUCCAUUAAAAAAACUAAAAAUCACAUUUUUACAAACUGUUUUGCACCUCUGUGAUUAUUAUGUAUCUAUGCAAGUACAGUUAGUUUUUUUAAACAAAAUGACUGGAACAUGUUUAAAAGAUUUCAUUAUUUUGUCAUCAAAU